AUUGAACCACUCACCUUGCACACUCAUUCCUUCCCAACCAUCUCCUCUUAAUUUGCCAAAUCUCUCAACCCCAAAAAAUAAAAAAAGAAGAAGCAGAAAAAUGGAUUGUAAGGUCAUCUUCUCUUGCAUGAUCACCAUGUUCCUCCUCUUCUUCAUAUUAUCUUCUCCCAUUGCUGUUGGUCGCCCAGAAACUGCAUCUUCAGUUCAACAUGCUAAGAAUACUCCAAUCAUAACUCAAGUACAUCUGGGUGAAGGUGAAGCAGACCAGAAGGUUGAGUUGGACGAUAGCUGCGAGGGAAUUGUAGAAGAAGAAGAAUGCUUGAUGAGAAGAACACUUGCAGCUCAUAUUGAUUACAUCUAUACCCAGAAAACCAAACCUUGAAUUAUAUAAUAUAUAUAUAUAUAUAUAUUUACAAACUUGCGUCUUCCUUUCUAUCAUCUUCCUUUAAAUAUAUUUUCAUGCAGGAGAAUUUUAUUUUUUCUGGUUAUAAAACCAGUACUGUAACAUAUCUGUCUUAUUUAAAUACUAGUGAAAUUUCUAUUAA